GCUUUGCAUAAACUUCCUGAAUCCAUAGUCGCAAAAGCUUUGUUAGAAACGUGGAAAUUGUUGAAAAGACACUGAGUUUAAUAGAUUUUGUAUUAAUAUUCUAUAUAUUUCAUAUCAAACUACAAGACAACUCCGUCAAGCAAUUCACCAUCUAAGCCAUAUUCGAAAAAAACAUGAAAGACACUUGCUACAUGACUUUAAACAGAACAAAAAGUCAACACGAACAAUGACAUAAAACGAUGAACUUAUUGGCGAAUAAAUGAAUUAGAUAUAAUAUGAAGUUUGGAUAUAAAACAUGAAUACUAAUCUUACAUUUAAAACAUAGACUUCAAAAGUUCAUUCAAACGUAGAUUUAAAGGCACCAGAAUAAUAAAAUGUCGCGAUCAAGCAAUCCAAUGGACAAUUUUGAGUACUUGCGAGCAAUUGGAAAAGGAAGUUAUGGUGAAGUUUCUUUGUACAGACACAAAAGAGAUAGAAAACAGUAUGUAUUAAAGAGAAUAAAUCUUGCAAAGGCUUCAAAGAAAGAAAGAUCAUCUGCUGAACAAGAGGCAAAACUGCUGUCAAAACUGAAACAUCCAAACAUUGUUGCUUACAAGGACUCUUUUGAAAGGGAUGGUCAGCUUCAUAUUGCAAUGCAGUUUUGUGAAGGAGGUGAUGUAUACACAAAACUAAAGGAACAAAAACAGACAUUGUUAGAAGAAAGACAAGUAGUGGAAUGGUUUGUUCAGAUCGCUAUGGCUUUACAGUAUAUGCAUGAAAGAAAUAUACUACAUCGAGAUUUGAAAACCCAGAAUAUAUUUUUAACAAAAAGUAAAAUCAUCAAAGUUGGAGAUUUAGGCAUCGCAAGAGUUUUAGACAGUUCAACAGACAUGGCUACUACACUUAUAGGAACACCAUAUUACAUGAGUCCUGAACUGUUUAGUAAUAAACCAUACAACCACAAGUCUGAUGUAUGGGCAUUAGGAUGCUGUGUGUAUGAGAUGGCAACAUUAAAACACGCAUUUAAUGGAAGAGACAUGCAAGCUUUAGUAUAUAAAAUUCUCAAAGGAAGAAUGCCUCCAUUACCAAAGAAAUACAGUCCUGAGCUACAGCAAAUCAUCCGUAACAUGUUACAUCAGGAACCAGAACGAAGACCUACUGUUAGUAGAAUUCUCAGAGAUCCAUACAUUAAACGAAACAUUGCAGUAUUUUUAGAAGAAACCAAGAAAGGACGACCCAGCACAGCAGGCCAAAGAAGACCAGUUACAGCCCCAGAGCCUAGGCCUAGACCAGACAAUUCAGCAGCCAUACAAGUUGGUAAAUCAGUGCAAGUCAGUAGACAUAUUGUACAUGUGCCUGGUGAAGACAAUUUAGACAGUGGACCUAGUGCUAAUAAAAAUAUCAUUGUAGUUGAAAAAGACACUGAUCCACAAGUUCAGCCCGUGCCUGCUCCUUUAAGGAAACAUGCUCGAAAGCCAUCCAAUGGUGCCAAUAAAGAUUUACCUCCCAUUGCAGAAGUGGCAAAGCCAGUUGAGGCGAAAAAGAAAUUGGAUUCAUCCUCAGAAUCAAGUGACAACGAUACAUUAGUAGAAGUUCAUCAUACUGUUAAAGAAGUAAAUGAUGUACAGAAACCUGUUUCUCCAAAAAAGAAAAAGGAAAGUGCACUGAAGAAAAGAGCUAGGGAAGCUGAGACAGAAUCUAGCCUGGAUACAGACAGAAGUGACAUCAGCGUGAAGAGUAACGCCAGUGCUAAAAGUGAUAUUAGUGUUAAAAGUGAUGUUAGUUCUAGAGGUGAUGCUAGUUCUUCUAAAUCAUCACAUAAAAAGAAUAUAUUUAAGAAUCAUUUUGAUGAGGAUGAUAGACCAAAGAAAGUUGACAAUCCCCGUCCUCUUCCACCUCCUCCUAAACUAGACCAUAGUUCUGGUGAACCACAGAAGAGACCAAGUUUCUCUGAGGAAAAGCAUUCUAAUGGAGCUAAAUCUUCUAGUACCGGUACCUCAAGCUCUAAGGAAGAAGAUUUAGAUAUAAAUACACCAAGGAGUUGCAAUUUAUCAGCCAGAGAGAGAAGAAGAGAAAAAGAAAAAGCAGCCCAAUCUCUAGAAAGACCGGUUUCUGCCAGAUCCGUUGUCCUCAAACCAGUUCGACAACAUGAAUCCAACAGAGAAACAAAGGCAGAAAAGAAUCAGCGUGAAUCAGCGCAUCCACGAGUCCAGGUUGCCGGACGACACAAGCGUAUUCCAUCAAUGAAGGAUGAUAGCUCUAGUUCUGAAGAAGAAACAAUGAAGGAAAGUAAUGAAUUCAAGAGAGAAAAUAAGAGGGUUGAUUUAUCUGAUGAUGAGGAUGAAGGCAGCUCUGAUCCUGACAGAGUUUGUAAUUUAUGCCACUCUGGAAGAAGAGAAAACAAAGAAAUGAACAAUUUCAUUACAUUAUUAGACACAACAUUACACAUGAAUAGAGAGGAUGAUAAAUCAGAUGAUGAAGAAGAUAAAAAGGAACCAGUACCUCCAGCACAUGAUAUACAUAGAUCUGCUUCCCUGCCAAGUGUAGAAACAUUGUGCAAUGCUGAUCGUUUAACUAGUAGAAUACAGUUACUUCACAAGGAUUGUGUAGAUGGAGUAGGAUUUGAUGUUCUACAUAAAUCAUUUACAAUUCUGUCUAAUAUAGAAGAGGAUGAGGUUGAGGCUGAUACUUAUGUGCCACAGUUAAUACAGCUGAUGGGAAAAGAAAAGUUUGACAUUUAUGCCGGGAAAAUUUGGCAGCUGAAGUUUUGUGAAGAAUGUUUUGAACAGCUUUCAUUCCUGCCAAGAUAAUAUUUAUUGAUGUUAUAAUUAUACUUUUUUUUUUUAUUUUCUGUCUCUUACAAUGAAUGUUCUAAAUCAAGGUUAUUGUUACACAUUGUCACAAUCAGACAUUAUUGAAUGACUUUUAAAUGGUUGUUGUGUAUACUGGCAUUCAGGUGAAAGUUUUAUGUAUUGAGAAUUCAUAUAAUGUUUUGAUAAGAAAAUGUCAGGUACUUUUGGUAUAGGUUGGUCUGACAGCAUGAUCUAUAGUAUAUAGGUUGGGUACAAUGUUUUAAUUGUAACCCUAUGUCACAUAGGGAUUCAAGAUUUUGUUGUAGAGGCAAUGUUAAAUUUUGAAAUAGAAUUUAUAAUGAAAGUAUUGUAUUUUUUUUAAUCCUUUCAGGGGAAAAUAAUGUUUUUUUCUAUAUCUGACAUCCAUAUCACUCAUUUCUCCCCAGAUUUACCAAAAGACUGAAGUAAUCAAUGUUUUAUCAGUUUAUAAUAUUCCCACAGGCAUGUCCAACCAUUUGUAGGUUUAUUCAUUAUUCUUUUUUUUUUUAUUUACAAUUCAUUUUGGCAAUAUUUUCAUCAAUACAAAAUGAAGAUCACUCUUAGAAUGUCAUUAUUUAUAGUAUGUUUUAAUUUUUUCACUCAACUGAAGUUAUUUCAGGAAUUUCCCAUAAAUGGUAUGUAUGUAAUGUCUGUACAAAUGAAACUACCAUAGCAAUAUUUUCAAGGGUAUUUUAAGUCAAAUUUGUAGGUUUACUGAAUGAGAAAUGGAAAGAAAAAGAAUUUUGUAAUGCUGAAAUAAAUUUGAAACAAUAUUGUUCAUUUUAAGUUUUCUCGUCAAGUAAGUUAUAUAUUUUUUUGAUGAUACAUUACUAUCUAACCAAAUUACUCUUUCUUUAUUCUUUUAAAUGCAAAGUAUUGGACAUUCUUCUAGAGAGUCAUGCAAAGAGUUUUCAAGUGCCAAGGAAUGGAAUUCCUUAUCCUAUCACCUGAGAAGUAUAAAUGAUAUAGCUCUUUUAAUUCCAAAGUGGUGAAAUGAUACCAAUUACUAUUAUUCAUAUCUUCACAAGACAUUAGUCCUCAGAUAUCAAUCAUGAUAUUUUCAAGUUUCUGCUAAAAAAAUUUGCUUUUGAUCCUGAACUUUGUGCAUUUAAAGAAGUACUGCCUUGUUUUACAUCUUUUCAGCAUGACACCUUUGCUUCAUUAUAUUACACCUGUAAACAUCUUCUUUUACUUGCUUUCGUUUAGAGUGUAAAUACAUGUUAUGCUUUUUGUGAUAUAGUAAUUUACAAUUUUGUGAACAAAGGACAAGGUUCACUUUAGGCCAAAUAUGGCCUUGAAUUUCAACUUAAUUAUAUAAUUUCAAAAUGGCCAUAACUUGGUUCUUAAAUGGAUCUAUUUUAAAAGCCUUACUCUUUUGUUAAAAUUAAUCUCUUUUUAAGAGUACAUUCUUGGCUUCAAAAUUAGCACAUUUUGGAUAUAUUGUCAAAAUAGGAUGAUUUUGUGCAUUUUUCGGACUUAAAAGCUUGAGGAAAUCCUUGGCCGCAACUUAGGAUCCAAAAUGUUCUGUAACCAAAAGUUGCCAAUGACGAUAUUGAAUCCCUAGACACAAAAACUUUCUGGGUCAUAGGUGGUGGCCAAAGUAAAUUAUGCUAAAUGCUGUUAAAAAUUAUUGAAAAAUUGACCAAAACUGACGUUACAACACAAAUAAUGCAUACUUAAGGAAUCAAUACUUCGUCAUUUUUAAUGUGAUGUGCUUAAAUGAAGUUAUUUUGUAUUAACAGUAAAAUCACAACUAUUUCUAAAUGAAGCUUG